AUGAAUUCGAGCAUUCUGCUAAAAUCUACGGCGCCUGCGCGCGCCAUCGCGCACAACCACGCAGCGUCCGCCCGAAAGAUUGCCGGCCCCUUGACGAAAUGCGCCAGGCUUCACACUGCGCCUUUGCGCGCAACCUCGCCUUCAGCCAAGUCAUCCAGGGUUAAGAGCACCAAAAUACCUUCAUUAUCGCGCAAAUUUCACACGACGAACAAGCUUUCCUCCAAGGAUCCUUACAAGGCCCUUGGUGUCGACAAAAAUGCAUCCGCUUCCGAGAUCAAGAAAGCUUACUAUGGACUCGCAAAGAAAUUCCAUCCCGACACAAAUAAGGAUCCUUCCGCCAAGGACCGAUUCGCUGAUAUUCAAUCCGCCUACGAAAUUUUAUCCGAUCCCAAGAAAAAGGAGCAAUUUGACCAAUUCGGUGCUGCCGGCUUCGACCCCAAUGGUAAUCCCGCGGGUGGUGAUCCUUUUGGUGGAGCAGGCAACCCCUUCCAUGGCUUCGGCGGCGGCGGUCAGGGUGGCUUUGGCGGCGGCUUCAACUUUGACGAUAUAUUUUCCGCCUUUACCGGCGGCCAAGGCGGUCCCUUUGGCGGCGGCGGACGACGCGGCGGUCGGGCGAACCCUUUUCAACAGGAGAUUCUCGUCGGCGAAAACAUUGAAGUACAGGCCAGCAUCACAUUCAUGGAAGCCGCCAAGGGCACAAGUAAAACCAUCUCAAUCACACCAACCGUCGAAUGCGGCACCUGCACAGGAAGCGGCCUCAAGACCGGGUCUCAGCGCGCGCCUUGUAAAGCCUGCAACGGUACAGGAACUCGGCUCCAUUUUAUGCAGGGCGGUUUCCAGAUGGCUUCCACUUGCGGCACCUGCGAAGGCUCAGGCUCGACAAUUCCCAAGGGCUCCGAAUGCAAGACUUGUUCUGGCCAUGGUGUAGUCCGCGAACGCAAGACGAUCAAUGUUGACAUUCCCGCCGGUAUCGAGGAUGGCAUGCGACUCCGAGUUGACGGUGCGGGUGAUGCGCCCGCGACCGGCCGCUCCGCCGACCCCAACGCCCGCAGCCAGCGCGGCGACCUCUACGUUUUUGUUCGCGUUGCCAAGGACUCCAAAUUUACACGAGAAGGCUCCAAUAUUCUACACACGGCCAGCAUCCCUUUAACGACGGCGCUGUUGGGUGGUCAGGUUUCCAUUCCCACGCUGGAUGGCUCUGUCAACGUCAAGGUCGCCACGGGCACCAACACUGGGGACAAGAUUACGCUCUCCGGCAUGGGCAUGAAGCGCCUCGGCUCUCGACGUGGCGGCUCCGGCGACCUGCGCGUCGAGUUUAGAGUCAACAUGCCCAAGUACCUGAGUGCCAACCAGCGCACCAUUGUCGAGAUGCUUGCCGAUGAGAUGGGCGACAAGACGGCGCGACGAGUCAUGAAUGUUUCGCCCUCUCGGAAUGCUUCCACCAGCAACGACGCCGCUUCCCACGAUAACGAAGGCUUCUUGAAGUCGGUAUGGCAUAAGAUGACGAACCACCCAGCGCACCAGACGAAGCCGGACAGUGAAUCGACUUCUUCAGCAGCUGACAAGUCCUCGACGAAGAAGAGCGAUGAGAAUGAGACGAAGAAAAAAUCGGACUCAGUCUGA